CAUCAAUUCAGAAAUACUUCGAAAGUGAGUAGUUUGUUUCUUUAUCCGUUCUUUUCUGAUAAGUUCAUAUCUGUAUCAUGUCAUGCAGAGGGCAGCUGAAACUGAACUGCUGACCAGAUAUCCAUAUGGAGGAGUAAUUCUGAGGCCUGGAUUUAUUUAUGGUACGCGUCGUGUUGGGAGCAUGAAGCUGCCUCUAGGUGUAAUUGGUUCUCCUCUAGAGAUGAUCCUGCAACAUGCAAAACUGCUGAGUCAAAUUCCCCUUGUUGGCCCGCUGUUUAUCCCUCCUGUAAAUGUCACUGCGGUAGCAAAGGUUGCUGUCAGAGCUGCAACAGACCCUGUAUUCCCUCCUGGUGUCAUUGAUGUUCAUGGAAUCUCACGCUACAGCCAGCAGAGAUCCAUGUAGGUGAAUGACUGGCAUGAUAGCAUGAUGCAAGCACAUGAAUCCUUCUCUUAUUUUUCCUUCCCCUUUGGUAUUAAUGAGUAGUAAAUGGGGUAAGGUGACCGCAUCUUUUGCAAGUAUUACAGUUUCUACUUCAGAAUCACAUCUGGCAUGGACCAAAAUAUUUCACAGCAUUUUUAUGGCUGCAAGGCGCAUGAUAAAACAAUGAGUUUGAAAGUCAGAGUUUGCAGACAUGUUAAGGUAUCGAAAGUUUAGAUUAAGUGGUUUAAAGUUUGGUCAAAUAUUCUUAUGGGUAGAGUUAGUUCAGUUUUCUUUACAACUUUACACCAUUUGGUCUAAAUUUUCCUGUUGACGUGUGGGGAACUUUUGAAUUAACUCCGGUUCAAAUGCUAAGGUUGGUUAUUUUAA